UUUAAAGAGAAUAAUCUUGUUUUUUUCAAAGACAAAGCAGAAAAUAUCUAGGCAGAAGGAUCACAGCUUUUAAUUAAGUAAUAUCCUAGAAAUCACAGUCAAUAAUUUUGAGAGGAGAGAGGUGAUGAUAAAUUGCUUGCAACAGGCCAUGCCCUGUCACCAGCCUGAUUUCUUAUUAUUUUCAUUCCUCAGUCACUAGGUCAGUUCUUAACUGUUUGAUAAGAGUUAGUUAUGAUGCGGCAAAUGGAAAUUUCUCCCCAUAAUUUAAAGUUAAUUGCAAAGAAUCAAAAAAAGAAAACCCUUCACUUAGGUAAUUACACUGGGAAGACCACCUGCCGUUUGAAAAAGAACAUUAGUUCUACCAUCCACUUCCUGGACUGGCAGCUCAUACUCAGUCUCUGCUCCUAAUCUCUAACGUUAACAUGUUUAGUAUUAGACAUAAAAUCUCAAAUUUUUUAUCGAGUUUCCAUCAGAGACUGAAACCUCAGCCCAAAUCUAUUGUUCAAAUUAUGGUAGCUAGAAUGGUAGCUACUUAAGAUUUUUGCAUUCAGCGUAUUUGAUUUUUCUCCCCUUUCGUGUCUUCGAAGUAUAUUUCUAACAGAAUACAUCCAAGUCUUUCUUGAUUAUCUUAAUUCAGAAACAACUCCAUAGCAUACAUUUUUUAGGGGCCACGUUUUGGAGAAUAACAAUAUUUUUAUCAUUUACCAAAGCAACUGUAAAAGAUAACUGUGAGGAACAACAAGGCUGCAUUUGAAAUGUGGUUGGUGGGUGGCAGGCUAGGUUACUCACUGUUCAAAAGAUUCGCUCCACUCUCCCAGCCUCAAAGAACUUGGGAUUCCAGUUUUAGCCUCGGCAAAUGUAAACAUUGCCAUGUGAAAUGAAUGUUAGAGCUCACUCUUGAAUGAUCCAAAUGAAGUUCUGUUGCAGUGGUGAGCAAUCUUUUUUGCAUAAAUGUCAAAUCAAGAAUAAUCAAAGUGUUCAUAGAUUGCCUUUAUUUUUUUUCUGGAACUCAUAUUCCUAAAAUCAGAACAUGCAGUAUCUAAAACGGAGCUUAUGCAGUCAUCUAUUUCUCUUAUGCUAAGGUUUUUAUUUCAAAGGAGUAACUGUAGUGCUGUGCCUUUAGACGUACUUUGCGUGAGAUGAAAGCUCAACGAUGCUGAAGGAGGUAUUGCAAAAUUUGUAGUUAGGGGGAAAAAGAUGGCACCAGAGUUGAGCCACAGUAAAGAGAAAAUGUACUUCUAUUAGGGUUUUCUCAGCUGCUUGGGGAGAUUUUUGAAGGAGAGUCUUAGAAAAUGGGGCGAUACAAUGGACUAGAGCGGCUACAAAUAACCUAUUAGUGAGUGCUUGCCUGUUCCUUUUCCUUACCAUUCCCAGUCUACAAUAUAGACAGAAGAGAUUCCGGUGGUUCCAGUCCCCUGGUGUGGGAUGAGGUACAAGCAGUGUUCUCAAUCUUGCUUCCUGCCUUGGGUGUCUCUGGCUGCUCUGCCUUCUACCAUGUCGUAUGCCCUCUGAGGUCCCCAGCUGCCACCUCCUUGAGAUUGUCCCCAUCCCCUGCAGGAAUCCCCUUCUCAGUAUUCUCCGUAAAGAGUCACCAGGCCUGACACAUGAAUGUCAACAUGGACAAAGUCCUAUCUAUUGUCCUCCCUGACCAUUCAUAAAAUAGCAAGUGCUUUAAAUAUAAUUUAAAAAGGAUUCAGAGUAGUUUAAUGUUGGCUAUUGUGUUGAUGUUCCAUGACUUGACUUGAGAUAAAUGGAAACACCCUGGGGUUUCACUAGCAGAAAGGACAAGCAAUCCUUCUCGUGACAUUUUCUGGUCUUUGAUGUGUGUUUUCUGUGUGCUUUAGUAGGAUGUCUUCCCUGUGGAGUUCUUCCCACCUGAUUUCAGACAGGAAGUCUGCAUGAAAUCUACCAGCUCUAAAAGAGUUUUCCCAAUACAGCCAUGCGACUUGGUACCCAAGCAAGAACAGGAAUAAUGAAGAGUCACAUGUGUUAGUUGCAGCCUUUUGAACCAAGCAAGAAGGAAAUCAACGGUGUGGACAGGGCUGGAACCGUUGCCACGCUUGCUUGUUGGAGUAAAUGAGGAAUGGGCUUGUGAUUAUGCUGACAUUCCAGCAUGAAUCUGGUAGACCUGUGGUUAACCCGUUCCCUCUCCAUGUGUCUCCUCCUACAAAGUUUUGUUCUUAUGAUACUGUGCUUUCAUUCUGCCAGUAUGUGUCCCAAGGGCUGUCUUUGUUCUUCCUCUGGGGGUUUAAAUGUCACCUGUAGCAAUGCAAAUCUCAAGGAAAUACCUAGAGAUCUUCCUCCUGAGACAGUCUUAUUGUAUCUGGACUCCAAUCAGAUCACAUCUAUCCCCAAUGAGAUUUUUAAGGACCUCCAUCAGCUGAGAGUUCUCAACUUGUCCAAAAAUGGCAUUGAGUUUAUCGAUGAGCAUGCCUUCAAAGGAGUAGCUGAAACUUUGCAGACUCUGGACUUGUCUGACAACCGGAUUCAAAGUGUGCACAAAAAUGCCUUCAAUAACCUGAAGGCGCGGGCCAGAAUCGCCAACAACCCCUGGCACUGCGACUGCACUCUGCAGCAAGUUCUCAGGAGCAUGGCUUCCAAUCAUGAGACAGCCCACAACGUGAUCUGUAAGACUUCUGUGUUGGAUGAACAUGCCGGGAGACCAUUCCUCAAUGCUGCCAAUGAUGCUGACCUUUGUAACCUCCCGAAAAAAACUACCGAUUAUGCCAUGCUGGUCACCAUGUUUGGCUGGUUCACCAUGGUGAUCUCAUAUGUGGUGUAUUACGUGAGGCAAAAUCAGGAGGAUGCGCGGAGACACCUUGAAUACUUGAAAUCCCUGCCAAGCAGGCAAAAGAAAGCCGAUGAACCCGACGACAUUAGCACUGUGGUAUAGUGUCCAAACUGACUGGCAUUGAGAAAGAAACUCGUUUGCGACUGCAGUAGAAUAAGAGGUUUACUUCUCCCGUCCAUUGUCAACAUUUAAAACUUUGUAUCUCAGUUUCUUUUGAAUUUGCCACUGUUGAACUUUUAACAAACAUGACAACAUAACAAAUAAUUUUAGUUUAGGUGACCCACCCCUGAAUUGUACUCCCGGUGGUAUAUUCCUGAGUAAGAUACUCUCUGAACAUUAGUUAGAUCCAUCUCACUAUUUAAUAAUGAAAUUUAUUUUUUUAAUUUAAAACCAAAUAAAAGCUUAACUUUGAACCAUGGAAAA